CUGCUCGGACCCUGUUGGAGAAGACUUUCCACCAUCAGAACAAUUCAGUUACAUCCCCAAGCUGCUUCAUGAGGUGUAAUCACACGGACGGGAUGCCUCGUGGAGACUUCAACAUCUACUUCGCCAGCGGCAGACGGGGCUUCGUCAGAGCCGAAGAGGCGGUGGGAGUGGCUCUGCUGGUGGUCAUCCUGGCGGCGCUGCUCAUCCUGGGCUGCUGGUACUUCAAGAAGAGGAGCGGAUACAAGAUCAUCCGGAGUCCCAGAUCAGGAUCAGCAGGUUUCACAGGAGGCCAGUACUCCGAGGCAGGCCCCUCAGCAGACAACAAGAUGGCCCUCACCGACUUCGGCAGCUUCCGAUCCGUGGUUCCAAAUGCUCCUCCAGCCUAUGAGAAGAUCUCGUCGGGGCCUCUGCCUCCACCUUACUCCCCCUGAAAGACUUUUCCAGAAGAUGGACGGACAUGACGAGAGGAACGGAACACAGCCUGGAUCCGAUGUCUCCG